AUGCGUGCUGAACGAUUGGAGCGGAAUCUUAGGGAGAGGGAGCCUCCGUGCACCCAGACCCAGAGAUAUCAGUGGCCUACAAAGCUUCUAAUGCGUCCACAGUCCCAAGCCACUGAAGAGAAGAUGGUGAAGUUGCAAGAGAAGCCGAAACCAUUGGACAUGACACUCAAGAUCAUUGGGAAUUCGGUGGUCGUCUUGGACACGGUCGCGAGAGAUCCGGAGGAACCUGACACCCGUCCUGAGCUGAUAGAACAGACCCAUCCUGACUUGAGUUCAAAAGUUGAGACCCUGGAUCCAGAGAGUAUGGCUGAUGUCGAGGAUAAUGCUCAGUCACAGACAAAUUGUUCAAUACCGGUCCAAAGGCUGGAAGCAGAAUAUGCUCGGGUGAUGCGAGUCCCUGCUGAAGAACUGGAUCUGGAACCUGCCGUAUACCUCAGGGAAGGAAGUUAUUUGAUGGCACAGUUACGAGACCAACUUAUCAUGCUCCCGGAAAUGGAGGGACUGGCCCCAGAAUGUAACAUCGACGAAGCUAAUGUCGGAGUUUCGGGAGUCACAACUCCAGAGAUGGAAGCCAAGCUCCAGCCCCCUGCUAGGGGCGUAGUGUGUGACAUCGACGUGGGUGAAUCAAAACCAGUGGCUUUACAUGCGAGACAGAUUGCCGCAUCUUUCUUGGUGAAGGUGUUUGAACUCUUGAAGAAGAUGUUAGAGGCGGAGCUCAUUGAGCAUUCAGAGUCCGAAUGGUCAUCCCCUAUUGUGAUUGUGCUGAAGAAAAAUGGCAUAGACAUCCGGAUGUGUAUUGACUACCGACUUCUGAAUUUGCUCUUCAAGCUAUCUCGCUAUCCUCUACCUUUAAUCGAUGACUUGCUGGUAGACUUUAAAUCAGCGAUGGGGUUCUUGAGUCUCGACAUGGCGAGUGGAUUCUGGGCGAAUACACCGUUAAUUUAUCAGAGCAUCAUCAACAACUGUCUGUGGGGAUUCGUCCGUCUACCGCCUGAAGAGGAAGCGAUGGUUGACCCAGAAGUUCUAGAGUUCCUGGAUCUCGAGUCUCAAGAAACCCUGAAACCUGAAGUGGAUAUGAAGGCUUCAGAAAUUCCUUCAUUGGACAUGACUGUAUUCCGACGCAAUAUCCCGGCUCCAUUACAAAUGGGUCCGGUCUUGGGAAGAAGCUCGUAUAUUGACGAUUUCUGUGGUGUUGCGAUUCUCAGUUGA